AUGGAAGAAGUAAAACUGUCAAAAUGGGCUAGUCCAUAUAGGAUCCUUGCUCCUGUGAAUUCUGUGCUUCCUGAGUCAAAUGUCAUUGGGCAUGUUAGUGACAAUGCUGGCACCUAUGUCCCAGCAAAUAAUGAUAGGAAUGCAAAUGUUAAUGAAGGCAUUGAUGAUGUGAAUAUGAAUGUGCAUGAUGAUGUUAGUGUUGCUCACAUUGAAAUUCCUGGUGGUGUUGUGCACAAUGAAGAGGCACCCAGCAAUGUUUCUGCUGAUAAGUGCAUAAACCACACUAAAGAUGGUCAAACUGAAGAAAAAGAACCAGAGAAGAUUCAGGCUGACAAACAUAGCCAGAAGGCUAAUGAGGAGGAAGGAAAGCAAGUUGUAGCUGAGGACUAUCAAAAGAAAAGGGCAGUGGCUAAGCCCGCUUCUGUUGGACCUAAAAAACCAUGGAGUAAAGUGGUGCCUAAGAAAAGAAAAGCCAGAAGCAUUGCAGAGAAUGAGUCAGAUUCUGAUGUUGUUGUGGAUGUGUUAGCUAGAGAUUUCAAAAGACUGGCCUUAGAGACAGAACUUGCUCAGAAUGCUCUUGAGUAUGAAGACAUUAUGCAUCUUAUUCAUGAGGCUGGUCUGAUGAAAACUGUGACUCAACUCUCUAAGUGUUAUGAAGUUCUUGUGAAGGAGUUCAUUGUGAACCUACAUAAAGACUGUGGCAAUAAGGAAACUAAGGAGUAUUUAAAAGUGUUUGUCAGGGGAAAAUGUGGUAACUUCUCUCCCACUGUGAUCAACAAAUUUCUGGAAAGGGCAAAUGAAGCUCAACCAGAGCUGGAAGUGUCUGAUAAUCAAAUGUGCAAAGAAAUUACUGCUGGACAAGUAAAGACAUGGCCUGUCAAAGGGAAACUAACUGCGAGCAAACUAAGUGUGAAGUAUGAUAUACUUCACAUGAUUGGAGGUGCCAACUCAACGCAAGUCAACAAUUUCUGCUAUCCUAGCUAUAGUGUCAAAGGCCCCAUUGCCUUCCCUUCCCUUAUUUGUGGAAUCAUCUUAACUCAAUUUCCCAAUAUUCUGAAUGACAAAGAUGAUGUGUGCAAAAGAGCAAGUCCUUUACUCUUUCAUCAUAAGCUUUUUCAAGGAACACAUGUUCAUGAUGUUGUCACAACAUCAGCUGUACCAUCCAAAGAGAGCACAAUUAUGAGUAAAGCUGCCAUGAUUUCAAUGCUCAGAGAGACAUGUAAGGAGCUGGAGUCCGGAAAAUUGGCUCUUGAAAAAUUGAUCAGCUCCCUUGAAUCGAAUGAAGGAGUCAAGUCUGCAGAUACUGAUGUGGAGGAACAGGGUGGAGAUAAUGGUGGAUCAGACAGUGAUAUUGAUAAAGAAGCCGGUCCUGAUGAUGGCACUGAUGAAAGUGUUGGACUCAGUAGCUCUGAGUCUGAAGACUGA